AUGGCUCACACCGCUCACACCGCUCACAUCGCUUACAUGACUUACAUCGCUCACAUUGCUUACAUGGCUUACAUCGCUCACAUUGCUUACACCGCUUACAUCGCUCACAUUGCUUACAUCGCUCACAUUGCUUACAUCGCUUACAUCGCUCACAUUGCUUACAUCGCUCACAUUGCUUACAUGGCUUACAUCGCUCACAUUGCUUACAUGGCUUACAUUGCUUACAUUGCUUACAUCGCUCACAUUGCUUACAUGGCUUACAUUGCUCACAUUGCUUACAUGGCUCACACCGCUCACACCGCUCACAUUACUUACAUCGCUUACAUCGCUCACAUUGCUUACAUCGCUCACAUUGCUUACAUGGCUUACAUCGCUCACAUUGCUUACAUGGCUUACAUCGCUCACAUCGCUCACAUCGCUUACAUCGAAAGACUGAGCAUCCGUGUAUCCGGCUGGUAA